AGUAAAGGCAUCAUGGAUCUUUUGAAAAGACUCAUAAUAGUUGCUGUUGGAAUAGCAUGUGUACAUUGUCAAAAUACAAAUCCAGCAAGUAAUUCAAACGCCAGAACUUUAGCUACUGGUGGUAAUGAAUUUGUUGUAACAGGAGGUGGUAACCCACCAUCAGGCGGGUCCUUAUUAGAUAUAGCGUUGGCUAGUUUUGGUACAAAUACUGGUGGACAAGCUAAUCCACAACCAGUAGAUUCAAAUCAACCACCACAAACGCAACCUGUUGGAGGUGGUAAUUUUGUGGAUGCUGUAAACAAUUUAUUAAGUACUGGUACAAGCCAAAUGGACCCUAAUGUGCUGACCAAUUUAGGUCUACCAACAGAUCAAAAUGUUCAAAAUACUGGUCCUCAACCAGUGAAUCAGGGAUUCCAAAUUAACCCAGGACAAAUGCUACCAAAUGACCCAUCAGUUACUACAGGUUUAACUGGCGGUGUACCCUUGAGGGAUCCAAAUUCCGUUCCGUUAACUGAUCCUAAUGCUGGCCCUGUUGCCUCAAGACCAGUUGGUGACCCAAAUGCCAUAGGAGGUGGUGUAGUUCAACGACCAGUUAGUGAUCCAAAUGCCAUAGGAGGUGGUGUAGUUUUCCAAGUUGAUCCGCAGAGUGGUAUGAAUCGUGGUCCUGUGAUUGGUGACACAGCUGCAGUACAAUAUUCAUCUGCAGGGAGCAUGCCCCAGAAUUUCCCUGAUCCCAAUACAGCAAGAAACGUUGUUGAUCCCAAUGUACCUUUACCCGGCGGAUCUGUCUUUGAACUCACUGGUCAACCUCAGCCUGGUAUAUACCCGACCAUGCCCAGUGCAGUAAAUACGAUCGGUCCUCAAGAAGGACCAAACGCUGGUGGACCUCUUACUAUAGUUAAUGGAAAUGGUGGCGGACCUCUUAGUAUAGUUAAUGGUAAUGGUGGCGGACCUCUUAGUACUGUUAAUGGUAAUGGUGGCGGACCUCUUAGUGCUAUUGGUGGUAAUGGUGGUGGGCGUCUUAGUGCUAUUGGUGGUAAUGCUGGUGGGCCUCUCGGUACUGUUAGUGGCAGUGCUAGAACUGGUGGUCCAACGGGUGCAGCUUUUGGAGCUACAGGAACUCGACCAGUAGAUAUUUCUCUAGCUGGUAACACUGGUAGUGUUGGAGGCCAAGUUAUGGGUGCUCCACCCAGUGGAGGAAUUUUAUCAACUUUGAAGAAUAACGGUAUGCCUGGUCCCGGUAUGCCUAAUGGUCCUUUAGCUGCUUUAAAAGCAAGCCCGGGAAUUCUGAAUAAACCUGCUCCAAAAAAUGAUAUGAUGGAAAUGUUAAUAUUAACUAUGCUAAUGGGUGGUGGUGGUGAAAUGAAUCCAGCUCUUCUUGCCAUGGCAAUGGGAUCAAUGGGAGGUGGUAAUGGUAUGAGUGCACUACCACUCAUAAUGUCAAUGUCAGGAAUGUAAAUCUUUUUAAUCAAACCAUGAUGGUUAAAUUAUAAUACUCCUUAAUAAUGUUUUUGAAUCAGGGAUGAUCGGCAUAACUUAAUCUUUCAAUUUCAUGUCUUACUUGGUAUGUAGGUCCUGGGCUGUACCGACUGUACAGGACGAACAGUUGUAUAUAAUAUUAUUUUGUAUUAUAUUGUUAAUAGUAUCUGUUGAAGGUGUCAAACAGGCACAUGGUUAGUGUUCUUUCCAUUCCGAAGUAGUGGUUAUUCUUCAUGCUUCACCUUAGAGAUCAUUUAUUUAAGAAUUGUAAAUGACAGGUUUGUACCUACUAAAAUGCAGCUGUAGCAUAUUUCGUUUUGCUUUUGACUAUGAUUAUGGUUGACAUCUCAUUUGCCAUUCCAAAUGUGUCAACAGAAGAAACGAAGUAUUGAGUCUAUAUUAAUCAUAUUGAUAUUUUAAUGCUCUGAUUUCUUUAGGGCUAUUUUGGUACUGGCCAAAUGCUUCACAGUUGGACCAGAAAUAAUUUCAUUCAGAAUUAGGAACUGUUUUAUUUUUCUUUAAAUUAAAGAAAUUGUUAUACAAAAUUAUUUUUAAAAAUAUAUUUUUUUCUUUUUAUAUAUUUUUGCUGUUGUAUAUUAUAAUGUUAUAACUAAAU